AUGGUGUUGGCAGCGCUGGGCCACAACGUGGGCCACCCGGGCUUUACGAACUCGGCGUUGGUGUCUUGUCGAAGCUUAUGUGCUGUUUUGUUUAACGAGAAAUCUGUGCUGCAGCGUUUUCAUUCUUAUUUGCUGCUAUCGCUGCUGGAGCGCGAAGACGCAAACCUCUUUUUAGGGUUUACGCCCGAGCAGCAGCAAACCGCCAAACACCGCAUCACCCGCGCCAUCCUCGCCACACAGCCAGACUCACACUUCCUCCUCGCAGACUCUCUCCAAACCCUCAAAGACGCAAACCCUAAUUCAGCGACUCCCGCGGCCCUCCUUGACGAGGCCACCCGAGACGCCUGCCUUAUACGCGCCGCUGACAACGCGUGGGUGCUGGCAAACUUUUCUCUUCACCGAAAAUGGGGAGAGAGGAUGCUGCUCGAAUUGCACUUUCAGAACACUCUGGAAGAGGCCUUGAAAAUCCCUCAGAGCGCUCCCAACGUUGUCCUGCCCACAGAAAACUGUUUGGCCACGACGAUGAUUCACUACAUUGAUAAUGUCUUCGUUCCCUUCUACUCUAUACUCGCCUGGUUCUUCCCCGGUGACCUCGACACGAGGGUUUGCGUCAUGCAAGCCAACAGCGCCACGUGGGAGCGGAUGCGGCAGGACAGCGCGAGCAGCGAGGCCGUGCCGGGGGGCGAAGAAGCAAAAGAAAUGCGGCUGCUGUCUUUGCUGCAGCAGCUGCGAGCAGCAGAAGCAGAAGUGCAGCAGCAAAGUUUGAAAAAGAUAGAAGAGGAAGCAGGAGAGCAGCAGUUCAUAGACUGCUACCAGUACGACGAACAGCCCUACAGGCUCCUCCUCGAGGAGCAGCAGCGGCUGCUGGAGGAGCAGCAGCGGAAGCAAGACGAGCUGGAGCUGCAGCGAGAGCUGUUUUUAGAAGCAGCGAGAAAGGCUGAAGAGCAGCAGCAGCUAAAAGAAGAACAAGAAAAGAGAGAAAGAGAAGAACAAGAAAGAAAAAGAAAAGAAGAAGCAGAAGCUCAACAGUCAGAAAAGGGUAUUCGCAGCAAGCAGCAGCAGCAGGAACAGCAGCAGCAGCAGCAGCAGCUCCAGCUGCAGCGGACGACCGCGCAGCACUGGGGGGCCCCCGGGGGCCCCCCGAAGGCCCCCGAAGCCCCGGGGGGGCCCCUGAGGCCCCUGGGGGUCCCCAAAGUACCCGGGGAGGCCCCCGGGGAGGCCUUGGGGCCCCUCCCUAGCAACUUAAUGGAAGAACUUGAACCCGAAAUUGAACCCUCGGGGGGCCCCCUAGGGUUUGAAGCAGAUGUGCAGGCUGUGGCUACGUUGCUGGCGAGCAAAAUAAUAGAAGUGACUGCAGAGGGCAGCAGCAGGGAGCAGGAGCCCCAGACCAGCAGCAGCAGCAGCAGCAGCAGCAGCAGCAGCGGUGGCGGGAAGGAUGGGGCUGCGCCGGGCGCAAACGACGGAGGCGCGGCUGCAGCACCAGCAGACCAGCAGCAGCAGCAGCAACAGCAGCAGCCGCAGCCGCAGCCGCAGGAACAACAGCAGCAGCAGCAACAGCAGCAACAGCUACAGCAGCAGCCGCAGCAGCCGCAGCAGCAGCAGCAGCAACAACAACAGCAACAACAACAACAAAAUGCGCAGCAGCAAGCGCAGCGGCAACAAGUGCAACAGCAACACCAAGCGCAGCAGCAACAACAACACCAAGAGCAGCAGCAGCAGCAGGGAGCGCAGCAGCAGCAGCUAAUCCAGAAGCAACAGCAAGCGCAGCACCAGCAGCAGCAACAGUCGCAGUACCAGCAGCAACCACAGCGUCAGCAGCAGCAACUGCAGCAGCAACAGCAGUUGCAGCACCAACAGCAAUCGCAGCAGCAACAGCAGUUGCAGCAGCAACAGCAAUCGCAGCAGCAACAGCAGCAGCAACAGCAGCUCCAGCAGCAACAGCAACUGCAUCAGCAGCAACAGCUCCAGCAGCAACACCAACAGCAGCAACAGCAAAUGCAUCAGCAACAGUUGCAGCAGCAACAACUGCAGCAGCACCAACUGCAGCAGCAACAAUUGCAGCAACAUCUGUUGCAGCAGCAACAAACGUAUCAGCAUCAACAGCAGCAUCAUUUGCAGCAACAAGCGCAGCAACAACAGCAGCAGGCGCAGCAGCAGCAGCACAGCCCCGCAGCCGUAGCAAGCACAGCAGCUGCCCCUACAGCAGCAGCAGCAGCAGCAACGCUGGAGGCCACAAUACCGCCUGCAGCAGCAGCAGCAGGAGCGCUGCAGGCAACGAUCUCACCGGCAGCAGCAGCAAACUGGACAGCAGCAGCAGCAGCAGUCCCAGAAGAAGCAGCAGCAGACUGGGGCGCAGCAGCUGCAGCAGCCCCAGAGGCAGUAGCAGCAGCAGCAGCAGCAGAAGGCAUUGAGCUGCAGCUAGACCAGUAUGGAUUUGUCUAUGAUGAACAUGGCUUUGCUUAUGACGCCCAGGGAAUCUGCAGAGGCUACUUUGGAGGAGACGGGACUUUCUAUUACUUCGAAACGGAGCAGCAGCAGCAGCAGCAGCAGGAAGAGCAGCAGCAAGAGCAGCAAAUGCAGCAGCAGCAGCAGCAGGACCAGCAGCAGCAGCACCAGGACCAACCGCAGCAGCAGUGA